GCGCUCUUGCUGCCAUAUACAUCUACCGAUGGCGCUUUGCCAAUCUUUAUAGGGUUCCUACAGUUGGCCCUUCUACACCUAUUCUAUCCUACAUAGGUGCUCUUCGCUUGCUAAGCAAUGGGAAGGAGUUGUUGCAGGAGGGAUACCAGAAGCAUAAGGGUGGUAUAUUUAAGAUCGCUUUGCUGGAUCGUUGGCUAGUUGUCGUUAACGGCCCAAAGCUGGUUGAAGAACUCCGAAAACUUUCUGAUGAACAAGUGUCCUUCUCUGAUGCAGCCGAAGACUUAAUCUAAGCGAAAUACACCUUUGGACAUGAAACCCAGGAUGACCCAAUCCAUGUCGAGAUCAUUCGUGCUCACCUUACUCGGCACAUCGCCAGCGUGUUCCCGGAUUUUCGGGACGAGAUCGUUAUGGCCUUCAGCGAUCUCAUUCCUGCGUCUUCAGAUUGGAUCCCUAUCUCUGUAUUUCCUGUCAUGCAGAAGAUUGUUGCGCGAGUGAGUAAUCGUGUCUUUGUCGGUCUUCCCAUGUGUCGACACGAAGGAUUUCUAAACCUUUCCAUCAUGCAUACAAUGGCUGUAGUAAGAACACGGAAAUUGCUAUCCUGGUUCCCGGAACCUCUCAAACCGAUGGUUGGUUUCUUUGUGAACGAAUCUAGGCGCGGCGUCAGACUUGGCAAAACUUUCCUGGGGCCCACAAUUCAAGAACGUUUAGACAAGAUGCGCGAGUUUGGGGAUGACUGGCUAAGCAAGCCUGACGAUAUGCUGCAGUGGACGAUUGACCUCGCCACCUCUAAGGGCAAGAGUAUAGAUUCAAUCGUCCAAUAUAUCCUCUUGAUCAACUUUGCGGCCAUCCACACUUCGUCGAAUACCUUCACUCAUGCACUGUACCACCUAGCCGCCAACCCCGAGUAUAUCCAGCCUCUGCGUGAAGAAGUUGACGCCGUCAUCAAGGAAGAGGGAUGGACCAAAGCAGCGAUGCAGAAGCUUAGGAAGCUCGACAGUUUCAUGCGCGAGUCGCAGCGUAUGAAUGGCAUCAGUGGUGUCUCUCUCAUGCGUAAAGCUCUCAAAGAUGUCACUAUGUCGGACGGAUCGUUCAUCCCUGCUGGGACUAUGAUUGUUGCUCCUGCCGUCGCAACGCACAUGGAUGACGAAAACUAUACCAACCCGGAGGUCUUUGACCCCUGGAGGUUUUCCAACAUGCGUGAUGGUGAUGGCGAGGGUACUAAACACCAGUUUGUUAGCACCUCUGUGGAUUAUAUCACUUUUGGACAUGGCAAGCAUGCAUGCCCUGGCAGGUUCUUCGCUGCGAACGAACUGAAGGCGAUGCUAGCACAUACUGUGAUGAAUUAUGACGUAAAGUUUGAGAAGGAGAGUGUCCGUCCUCCCAACCUGUGGUUCGCCAUCACCGUAUCUCCGGAUCCAAGGGCAAAGGUCCUGUUCAGGAAGCGUCAAGACUGAAAGGCCUGCCACAAUCGUUAAGUAUAUGUACAGCAUCGUACAUGGGUGUGGCCGCAACACGAAUAUUAUAGUAUAGGCAGAACUGAAGAACCUAGCUGAACUGCGUCGAGCUGGAUAUCAUUUGUAGGUUCUUCCGAGUUUUCAAAUGCAACCUAAAGCACGCUGGUCUUCCAUUAU